AUGUCGCAUUCGUCUGUGGGGGCUUUUAUGAGCCACUGCGGUUGGAAUUCUACCCUGGAUGCUCUCUACUCGGGCGUUCCUAUGCUCACCGCAGAGGUUUGGAUGGAUCAGCUCACUAAUGCCAAAUGCGUGGCAGACAUUUGGAAAACAGGGUGUAGAAUGAAGAAGGGCGAAGAUGGGGUUGUGCCAAUGCAGGAGAUUGAGAGAUGCGUCAGAUCGGCAAUGGAGGACGGGCGAGAAUUUGCAGAGGUGAGGAAAAAUAGCCUGAAAUGGAAGGAUAUGAUGCCAGAUGGUGUCUUUGAUGCAAGCCUUUCUCACCUUACUCAGGAGCUUGUGGCCAUGCACAUAAAUUAG